UUGGCCUCCUGCCAUUGCCCCUCCAGAUAGCUCUCCAUCAAGCGCCCACCCCCUCGCCCACGCCUUCCCUCCCCUCGCCCGCCCUCCUCCCUCCUAUAUGCUCCAUCCCUUGCGCCUUUUCCGCGCCUCCCCCCAUCUUCGCCACUUCUCGACCAUGGCCGCCCCUGCCCGCACCUUUGACGCCCUUGUGGUGGGCGCCGGCCCUGCCGGUGCUGCUGCCGUUGGCAACCUUCUCGAGUCCGGCGCCACCCAGGUUGCCUGGGUGGACCCGCUCUUCACCGGCGGCCGCAUCCCCCUGGAGUACAAUGAGGUUCCCAGCAACACCAAGGUCACCUUCUUUGUGCAGUACGCCACCGGAGUGCAGCCCUUCCGCGAUGUGAUCGCUCAAGCGGCCAGCAAGGGCGAGAACGCCUUCUCCAAGCUCGAGGCCAUGGAUCAGAACACCGGGUGCGAGCUGUCGCAUGCCGGCGAGCUGGUCCGCUUCCUGACCGACGGCCUGCGCGAGCGCGACGAUGUCAGCCCGAUCUUUGGCUCGGUCGAGAAGCUGGCCUUCGACGCCGAGACCAACACCUGGUCUGCCUCCGUGACGGGGAAGAAUGGCCCGGCCUCCAUCGCGGCCGAGCGUGUGGUCCUGGCGUCGGGAUCGCAUCCGCUGUCGCUGCCGGCCUUCAGCGCGGCGCACCCCGAGCUGCGGGAGAUUCCCCUGGACAUCUCCCUGUCUCCCUCCAAGCUGACCUCCUUCGUCGGGCCGGAGGACGUGGUGGCCGUCAUUGGGUCCUCGCACUCGGCCGUGCUGGCCGUGCGCAACCUCAUGCACGCCAACGUCAAGGAGGUCCGGAACUAUUUCCGGUCGCCGCUGCGCUACGCCCAGUUCAUGGACGGGUGGAUUCGCCGUGACAACACCGGUCUCAAGGGCGAGGCCGCCAUCUGGGCCCAGCAGAACCUGGAUGCCGCCAACUGGCGCAAGCAUGCCAACCUGUCCCGUGUGUGCCUCACCCCUGGGGCCGAUGUCGAUGAGGACGGCAUGAUCCACAACAAUGUGGUGGAGGACCGCUCGGCCACCACCCCGGACCUGGCCCACGAGCAGGCCAUCUACGCGGAGACCCUGCGCGAUGUGACCAAGAUCGUCUUCGCGGUGGGCUUCGCUCGGAACUCCCUGCCGGAGCUGGUGGACGCCGCCUCCGGCCAGGCAUUCACCGACCUGGACUUCGACCACAAGACCGGCACCUUCCGCGCCGUGCCGCGCCUCUAUGGCUGUGGCAUUGCCUUCCCCCAGGAGGUCACCGAUCCGGAUGGCCGGACCGAGCACGCCGUGGGCUUCUUCAAGUUCAUGCGCUUCCUGCGCGCCGUCACCCCGACCUGGGUGAACGACAAGCCGGUGGCCGAGGAGAAGAAGUAAGCGCCUGCAUGUGUCACGCGCGCACACGCGUCGCGCGUUGCUGCAUGUGUGUACGCUCGCGCGCGUGUGUGUGUGUGUGCACAUUUGCCGCUCGAUGGCGCCGGCCCCUGUCCUUCUGUUGCCACUUUUCUCUGUCCUUCUCUCUUUCUCGCGCGCGCGCGCACCCUCCAGCAUCCUAUCUCCUUUUCAUGUGCCCUCUGUGUCUGCUGCUCCCAUUGCGAUAUGCAUGUGCUCGCACACACGCACACACCACAUAUACACAGAUACCCAUCCAUCCAUCGAUA